GUCCGUUUUGAAUCAAACGGUGAUUAGCCAACAACAACGGAAAAAUCACAGUGUUCUCCACCAAGGAACGACACAAAAACUGCUAUGAUAUUAUCACACUCUUUUAAUCUUUUUUAUUUUCCCCCAAAAUUCUCUCUCUCUCUCUCACACCGCUAACGCCGACUUUAAACGGUUAGCCGUCGUACUUUGGCGGCGCUGAUUUUACCGUUCGAAAACGAUCUUCCGCAAAAACUCAUCUGUUAUUUCCUUGAGAUCCUCUAAACUCUCGCUUCCGUGCUUUGUGAUUGCCUCUCAAUUCUGAUUUUAGUACAGCUGUGCUUUUGUUUGCUUCGUCUUAUUGAAAAUAUACUCUUUAAAAGUUCAUUCAGGAAAGAAGUAAACAGAGAAGAGUAUAAACUUUAGUCACAUUUCUCAUUAGUAAUCAUCACUCUGCUAAAUUCCGAGCAUAGUGAGGAAUGGGAUUGUUAAUCUCUUCAGGAAUGUGGAUAGGGAUGACUGGGCUGAAGACAGACUAAACACAGAUAUUGUCCCUGAGGCUGAUAGUUAUAGAGUCGUGAAGUAUUUUCUUUCAUCAAGAAGUAAACAGAAUGAUUGGAUCCGUUCUUACCAGAGGACUUGUGAUGAUUUUUGGCUAUGCUUAUCCAGCAUAUGAAUGCUAUAAAACUGUUGAAAUGAAUAAGCCUGAGAUUGAGCAACUACGCUUUUGGUGCCAGUAUUGGAUAUUGGUGGCUGUUUUGACUGUUUCUGAGAGAAUUGGUGACGCUUUUAUAUCAUGGGUUCCAAUGUACAGCGAAGCUAAGUUGGCAUUCUUUAUAUAUCUGUGGUACCCUAAAACAAGGGGAACUUCUUAUGUGUAUGACUCCUUCUUUAGACCAUAUGUUGCGAAGCACGAAAAUGAAAUUGACCGUAACUUGUUGGAACUAAAGACUAGAGCUGGAGAUUUGGUAGUUCUUUACUGGCAGAGAGCUGCAAGCUAUGGUCAGACAAGAAUUUUUGAGAUCCUUCAGUAUGUUGCUUCACAGUCAACCCCUAGACCUCACAAUGCUCAGGCACAAGGUGCUAGGGCUCGCCAACCCUCCAAUGCACCAAACCGUCAAUCAUCUAGUAAAGCACAAGCAGCACAACCAGAGGCUGAAGAACCACCUUCACCAACAACUAGCACAUCUUCAAGUCAACACCAAAAGGAAAUUGCUGAAGUGGGAACUUCUAAGGUGCCUUCACAUGUGGCUAAACCUCCCCCUUCAGCAUCCUCAAAUAGUCAAAAAGCAGAUACUGCAUCCGAGAAUACCAGCCAGCCUGCAGAAACUGAUACAGAAACAAUGCAAAUUGAACUGGUGCCACCUUCUCCAGGGAAUGAAAGCACAAACCGACCCCCAAAAGAGACUCUCAUGGAUGAAAGCAUUCGACUUACGCGUGGUAGAUUAAGGAAAACCCGUUCUGCUGCCCAUUAAAAUAAUGGUUUUAGCUCCUUUUCUUUUUAGUUUACAUAACUAACACUUAGAUCAAUAGGUGUAUAAUGGUUGAAUCAUUGUUGUCGACAUUGAUGUAAAUUUCUUUUCUUCUAGUUUCUAUUUCAUUUGUUGCUUUAUUUUUUCAAACUGAAAAUCCCGGGUCUUUGUGGCCAAUCGAUUCAACCCACAGAUUUGGUGAGAUGAAGAUGUUUCGAGUAGGAUAUACAGAUGCAUUAGGUAUUUAGGUGCCAAAAGAUCUGUGACUAAAGCUUGGAUGAUAAUGUGGAUUCUGGAAAUUGAAGUUCAUCUUUCCUCCAUCUCGAUGUUUGAGAGAUUUUCCAGGUACCGUUAACUUGAUGCAUUUUCGUACCCAUUUGUUCAAUUUAUUUAUUAUUAUUUUGUUGUGCUUUAGUCGUUUGGAAGUUGGUGAAAGAGUGAAUUAGAGAAGGGCUAGUGAUGGAAAAAUCCUUGGCAAGAAUACUUUGCUGUGCGGCUGCUGCAUUGGUGUCCUUUUAAAUCCGAUUUGAUCUGUUAGUUGAGAUAGACAAAAUAAUCAUAAAAUAUAUAUAGGUAGUGAAAAGAUGUUAGAUAAUUUUUUAUGGAUUCUAUUGUUCUGUUCAAGAAAAUAUUCGCAGAGAAGGGAGAUGCUUUUAGCCAUAAAAAAAUGUUAUGGGUCAGAAUCUUUGAUUAAAAGAAUUUAAGUUACACCAAAGCUGAUUAAGAUGGACUUUAUGGCGACACUGUCUGUAAUUAAUUCCUAUAAAGUUGAAGUUUGGUUAAGGAAAGCAUGUGACAUUGCAAAGGGAUAAAAUAAAAUUGCUUAACUUCACCGUUGCAGUAACAAUUUUCUUUCCACUCUCUCUGCUUUUUCAGUUUCUAUUUUCCUCUUCUCCUUCCUAUUUUGAGGGAUACUAUGUUACAGAAGGGUUAUGACAAAAGUUCAGCAUGAAAAGAACAAAAAAGUUGACUCGUUGUAAUCAAUCACUAAUCAAUGGGUGAAGUAUCUGACCAUUUGACUCGACCGUUAGCGUAUAACGUUCAACUUACAUAAAUAAAAAAUAAUGGGUGAAUUUUUCCAGAAGCAGCUUCGUCGGCCCAAAGAAUACUCAUGAGGGGCCCUUCUUGGCCC